UGAAUCAUGAAUGAUGAAUCCCAGCUCCGAUAGUUUAAUAGUUUAGUUAAGUUUAAGUUACUCGCUCAGUGCAGUGUGUUGUGUUGUGUUGUCCUUCGUCUAUGUAUCAAUUAAUUAAUUGUCGGUUGGUUUGUCUGGACUCAUCCCAGUGUGUUUUUCUUUUUUUCCUAGCAGUUAAUUUUCAUGACUAGGCCUACUAUGAAAUAAGUUAAACAGUUGCAGUUUAAUUGGUAAAUCGAUAAUGAAUUGAACUAGGGAUAUUAUAGGUAAUUCAUAACCCAAAGUGACGAUGUUUCAUUUUCGCAGCACAUAUGCCAAAGUCACUUUCGCAGCACUGAGUUUUAUUGUUGUUUUGUUGCUGUACAAAAGCUGGGUUCAGACAGAAGGCCUUUUGGACACCCAGCUUAGGGAAGAGAGAGACAGUGAACGGCAUGAGGUGGGUGGUGAAGGAGAUCAUUCCCGUCACUUUAUAGAUGUGACGGCUCUAGAGGAGGCGCAGCAGCGGAUCAGACAAUUGGAGACCAAACUCAAAUCCCUCGACCGACGGAUACCCAAGGCUUUCCCCACUGUGAGAUUUCUCAGUUACAGAGCCAAGAAACGCAUCCUGGUGACAGGAGGUGCCGGGUUUGUCGGGUCACAUCUGGUUGACCGACUCAUGAUGGGAGGCCACGAGGUCACCGUGGUGGACAACUUCUUCACCGGCCGCAAGACUAACGUCGACCACUGGAUGGGCCAUGAGAACUUUGAGCUGAUCCACCAAGACAUUGUCAACCCUCUGUUCAUAGAGGUGGACGAGAUCUACCACCUGGCCAGCCCUGCCAGUCCACCUCAUUACAUGUUCAAUCCUGUCAAGACAAUCAAGACCAACACAAUCGGCACAAUCAAUGUUCUUGGUCUAGCAAAGAGAGUUAAGGCCAGAGUGUUGAUUGCCAGCACAUCGGAAGUUUAUGGGGAUCCGGAAGUUCAUCCUCAGCCUGAAACUUACUGGGGCCAUGUCAAUCCUAUAGGCCCAAGAGCUUGUUAUGAUGAGGGCAAACGAGUGGCCGAGACACUCAGUUACGCGUACGCCAAACAUGACAAGGUGUCAGUGCGAGUGGCGCGCAUAUUCAACACUUACGGACCUCGCAUGCACAUGGACGACGGCAGGGUCGUGUCUAACUUCAUUCUGCAAGCAUUACGAAAUGAGACUAUAACUGUGUACGGAAGAGGCAAUCAGACUAGAUCGUUCCAGUAUGUGUCGGAUCUUGUGGACGGGUUGAUUGCUCUGAUGAAUUCCAACUUUACUCAACCCAUCAAUAUUGGCAACCCUGUGGAGCACUCUAUAAAAGAGUUUGCCGUUAUUAUCAAGAAGCUGGUGGGAGGAAACAAUCCGAUCUCACUCUCUGCGGCUGUGGAGGACGAUCCCCAGCGGAGGAAACCUGACAUAUCUCGGGCCAAGAAGUACCUCAAUUGGGAACCCAAAGUUUCUCUAGAAGAUGGACUAAAGAGGACGAUAGCAUACUUCAGGGAAGUGCUUGCAGAAAACAAAGGCAGACGACUCACAAUACCAGUGGUAACAGAUGGUUUUAGUCCAGGGUAAUCGGUCUAUGAAUUUUAAAUGUUGGUGAAUCAGUAAAAGGAAUUAAUUUUGAAAGACUUCACUUACACCAAUUAAAUGUUUGCUUGUGAAUAGUGUGUUGCCUUUCCAAGUAGUCUUAGUAUAAAAAAGUAUAUAUAAAGGGGUAGAAAGUAGUAUCUUUGACUAUUGAUACAACUAAAUAUUCCAUCCCCAUGUUAAAGUUGUCGCCAGUUUUUCGCCAAAUUCGUCAUACGGUAGUUGAUGUGAGUCACUGACAGAUUAGGCUGAUCCAAAUUACAAAUUUCUGUCGAAUACACAAUGUCUGUUACCAAGUCAAACUGAUGGAUCGAUUUAUUAUGAGCUAUAGCAACUGUCAUGAUCUAUGUCAGCAACAAAAAUAAGGUAGGUAAUAGAAUUUUAAACACUAGCAAAUUCUGUGACUGACUCACACAACUUCUUUUUUUUAUUGGGGCAGCUGGUUCAUAUAGAUGGGAUGUAUACUUUAAUAUCCAAUAGACAAUGGUAGUAUUAAACAUAGGCAGUCUAUAAGGCCUGCUGGAACUCGUCAAUAUUGGUUGAAUCUUGAUUUUUGUAAUAUUUGGAUUAAAUAAGAAAUCAAAUAAAUGACAAAAGUUUUAAAUUUCUUACAAUACAAAUUGAAUUGUCUGAAAUUUUAGAAACGACUACAGUAAGGCAACAGUAAUCAACCAGUUGAGAGGCAUGCAUGUAUGUUAGCCUACAUGGCCCUUCUUAGUCAUUUUUUACUACAUAUACACUAGUACUGACUUUUCAUCCUAGUUUGCCUCACUAGUUACAACUAAGCCUAACUUUCUGUCUCAACUUAAAAUUAAGCUUAGAAAACAUUUUUCAUGCUAAAUUGAUUAGUUUUACCAGUCAGUUUUGUUUAUGAAGGACCAAAAAGUAAAAUCGUGGUUGAAAUGAGUCUAUUAUUGUUAAAAUUAAGUGAAGUAAACCGUUUCUAAUUGGUUUUUAUUGUUCAUUUAGGGUUUGUGAGUAAAUUUUAGUAAAAUUACAGUUAAAGCUUAUGAAUCACUUGCUCACUAUAAAAUGUACUAUGUGCCAAACUCGUGUGAGAAGAAUAAACUUUUGUGUAAAUAUGUACAGAGCGUCAUAUGUUGAGGUGAGAUCGGUACAUAGCAGGUCCUGUGCUAGAGAGAAGGGAAUUGUUCCUAAAUCGUUUAUGUUGUUUCAUUUUAAUUUUAAACUUGGGAAAAUUUAAAUAUAGUUUUAGAAUUUGUUUGUAUGACUGUUGCUGAAUGGACACAGAAUUAAUUGUAUUUUAGAAACAGUUCCCAACUCACAAGGCUGUGUGUCUGUUUUCUGUGAUAUUUAAUUUUAGCUUUAGCUCUUCUUGUACAGGGUGUUACUAUAGUUGAUUUGUCAUUAAUUAUAGCUCAAGACUCUUGUCUUCGUGUGUAAACAGUUUUAUGGUUUUAUAUAUAAGACAUGUACACAAAUGUAUAAAAGGGUGUUUAAUCUAGUUGUUUGAUGUAAGAUACAUUCUUUUUUUAUUUAGAAAAUUUACUUCUCGGAUGUGAGGAGCUUGAAAAGAGGAAAUUGGAAAGGUAUAGGGCGGAAGUUGAAAAGUAAAAAAUCUAGGUUUUAAAAUGUAUUUAUUUAAUUAAAAUCUUUUAGACAUCCUGCUACAAAAAUCCAUAAAUAAGAUUACUAACUAAAAAUCAUAUUGUAGAGUCAUAGCAAAUUUAAAAUUAUGAAAAUAUCAAUUUGAGGUAGGAAAAUAGUUUUGAUAGGGUGUUGAGUCUUGCCCUGAUUUUCUUGUCAUAAAUCAUUUGUAACUGAGAUAUUGAAUUUUUAAUUUUCAAUGUUGAUUAAAUUAUCAAAUGCCUACCACAUUGAUCACAUUGAUGUCAAUAAACUGUUGUUUUCAAUGGCAAAUAUUGCUUGCAAUUUCUCUGUGUACCCGGUUUUCAUAAUGAGGUAUCCUUAAUAACAUAACUGUUCCGAUAUUUCCAUUCUGUUGUAUACUUACCCUGAGUUGAUUGCUUUGAUAUGCACCUACCACAUAAAAACAGUUUAAAUUUAUUGUGAACCAAUAGGUUAUUGUCCGAUUUAGAGUUACUUAAACAGAUAGUCAUUUUGUGCAAUAAUGUUACUAUAGUUGUAAGUUUAUAAGAAUAUAGUUUAUAGUUAAUAUUUUAGUGUAAAUAUUAUAUUCAUCCUACUCCCAAAAUUAUAUCUACAAUUUUUAAAGUGCCUUGUUUAAGAUGUUUACUUUGUUAAAAUGUCAAUUAAUAAAUGUUAAUAAUAAUGUAUUUAAAUUGUGGAUCUAUAUUUAUGCAUUUAAAGCUUUGUUUAAUUAAAAAAUAUAUAGUAAAGAGUAAACAAAUUAUUGUUUAUGGUUUGAUGUUAGCUUAUCAAUGCAAAAUGUUUUAUGUAUAAUCACUUUUCAAUGUGAAAAUUUUGACAAAUGUUAGCUUUCUGAAGAUUAAGAGUGUGAUGAACUUGUACUUUCUGUUAUAAAUAUUUUAACAGGUACAACUUAAUUUUGUAUUACAA